UUUCAUCCCUCUUGCGUUGUAGUAGCUGUAGAAAAACUUUGAGCAAAACUAGUCUAUCCCAAAAAAGGAAGAUGGAUUUUUCUGCUCAAAGAAAUUUGACAGGUUCUUACACGCAGACACUCAAGAAUCCCAGAUUACGCGAAGCCGUCAAACAUAUAGAAAAGCAAAAGCGCUCCAUUCACCUUUGUCGAUGCUGAGCCCUCUUUUUCUUUUUCUGAGUGAGAGAGGCGAAAUCUCCGACACUUAGAGAGGAUAAUCAUGUGUUACUUUUCUUAGAACAUUUUCGAAUAUUUGGAAGCGUACACUUUUCAACGCUUCUUUUCUUAACUGGUGCAUUUGUUGAUUUCAAUCCAUGCAUUUCAAUCAAUUAUGGAUUUUAGCUUCUCUCAUGAACUGUUUAGCAGCUUUCUUGGUGUAUUUUGUAUUCCCGUGGUUCCUGCACUUCAUACGUCAUUGUAAGCAGAAAAGUUUGGCUGUUCGAUAUACACUAUCUGCCCAUGCAUUGUGUCAGAACAAAUGUAUUAGACAAGUUGGCUACACGAUGUGGACUGACAAAAAAAAAAAAAAAAAAAAGAACUAAAACGGCCCUUUGUGUGCUCAGGUAGCACAGGGGAGCGGUUCUUGGUCAGAUAAAUCAGGAGACUUUUCGCUGGAGAACAAUUUUAUAGUGCCUGUUUCGGCCACUAUCGCGCCUAAAGUGAGGCUUUAAGUUUCUGUUCUAGACCCCUAAAACACGCAUCCUUAGUGUCUAAAAAUCCGGUAUCUGGACGAGCCACAAGUGAGCGCACAUGACAUGACUACAUUCAUAUAACCAGCUCAGGCCGACAAAUACGACAGCAUUGACGAUGUAGAACUACACACCGCCGCAGUAAAACGUAUGUGGCACAAUUAAGGGUAUAAAUGUAAACGCAGUACUGAAUAUACAAUAUAGAAUAACAGACAAAGUCCCACCAGAAACCUCUGUGCGAAAAACAUAGGGUCCGAAACCGAAACUACUAAAUGUCGUUGCAGCGCUGAAGCAUCAGGUGUGCCGGAAAUUAGAACUAUAAGUGGGCGUUUCUUAGCAAGAAAGCCAGGGGGCGCGACCGCUUGUACGACGCGAAUUUGGCGAUACGUAGGUCCGCAGGUGUCAUAAAUAUUAGCAUUGGCGACGAGUAUUGUAUUGUUGCGAUGAUCGUGAGAAACAAGGGGAAUCGUUAGAAAUGCUAGCAUAUCGUUGAGGACUAAGAGGUGUCAGCGAACCGCCUAAUAGAAAUAUGAAUCUUUUGUAAAGCAGCUGAAGGUGUUGACAUGUUGCCUUCAUAACGAUGGUAGUGUGGCGUUACGAUAUCUGUGGCUUGCUUUGCGUGUGCUCCACUUAUGGAUCAAUUAUUUACGCUGAUUAUGCCAUUGUCGAGUGGAUGGUCAUUCCGACGAUGUACACAAGUCUUUGGGGUGCAUUUAAUGUGGUCUGCUUCAACAUCAUCGUGUUCCUGACGCUGAUGGCGCACACUAGGGCAGUAUUCUCAGACCCAGGAACAGUCCCUCUACCUCAGACGAACCUAGAUUUUUCGGAUGCGCUGAGGGCUAACAAACCUAUAGAUGACAAGGGCGACUGGACUAUAUGCUCUCGCUGUGAAACAUACAGGCCGCCACGCGCGCAUCACUGCAGAAUAUGCCAACGAUGCAUUCGCAGGAUGGAUCACCAUUGUCCCUGGAUCAACAACUGUGUUGGAGAACGGAACCAGAAGUAUUUUAUUCAGUUUCUCCUGUAUGUUGGGCUGGGGUGCUUGUACAUAAUUGUAUUAGUGGCUGUGUCAUGGAACCUGGAAUGUGCAAACUGUGUUCAUAGCCCUGCUUACAAGCAAAACCGAGUGAUUCAUUCCGUCUGCCUCCUGGUGGAAAGCAUUCUUUUUGGGAUCUUUGUGAUUGCAAUCAUGUGUGACCAGUUCCAGGCAAUUCUUUCCGAUGAAACUGCUGUCGAGCAAAUACAGAAGAAAGGACCUUUCCGGGCAAGAAAGCCAAAAAUGGCUCUUAUGAGCGAAGUUUGUGGUCGUGGGACCCCCUUCCUGUGGCUGUUCCCUUGCGAUUCUGCACCCACGAAUCUCGACGCCGUAUCAUAUGAUGUGUGAUGCCUUUCUCAGUGGAGUAUCCGGUGACGUGCAGUUAUUUAUGUGUGAACUGUGAAAUAGUGUCUCAUCUUCAACUGUCCCACGUUCCCGACUGUUUUGUUUGUUGGAUUGUGUUGAUCGCAUAAGUACUAAGUGUAGCACAUGUGUUCGCUUUUGCAGUGCUUUAUUGAACAUGGGUAGCCCGUCGAUUUACUAUAAUUGCUUUGAAAUAGUUUUACUGUUUUGACGGUCUGGUUCUCACCACUAGACUUUAAAACCUACAAACACGCAGCAGUUUUUGACACAUCUUAUAUUUCAUUAUUGUUAAGAACAAUGAAGAAUUUGCAGACAUAUAAUUUUUAUGUAAUGUAAUGCGUAGGGCAGGUAACAGGGGGACCAUUAGGAUUACAGAAUGGGUGCCAAGGGAAGGGAAGUGCAGUCAGGGAUGGCAGAAAACUAGGCGGAGUGGUGAAUUUAGGAAAUUUGUGGGCGCAAUUUGGAAUCAGCUAGCACAAGACUGGGGUUUCAAGACAGGGUUGCUGGGAGAGGCCUUCGUCCUGCAGUAGACAUAACUAUAGGAAGAUGAUGAUUAUGAUGAUGAUGGUGAUUUUGAUUGAAUGCUGCAUGUAUGAUAAUUUAAUGAGCGCUCUCGUAUGCAUUCCAUUCCUUCUCAUGAAAGGAGCAAAAAAUGCCGAGGUACAAUAAGUGGUUUGGUGCUCUGUUUAUCAACUUGCUCACUGUUUACCAAGAUUACAAAUGCAUGCGGAUUAACCGAAUUUCCAAAUGUGUCUUUCAUUUGUGGAUACCAAUUCAGCGUGGCAAUUUGCAAUAUUGUUUUUAGCUGCUCCUAUGGUAAACAGAACAAAUGUUUAACACUGAUUGCUCUUCUCUGAUGCCAUUUCAGUGAAUUUCCUGCUAGAUUUAGUGGACAUUUGGUUUCUUUACAAAUGUCAACAACAAAUAUCAACUUUUGGUGUAUAGUAGGCUUACAGUAAAAGUCUUUCCAGUAAAUUUUAACUGAUUCAAAAGAAUAUCCGGUGUAUUCUAGCAGGUUUCGAACAUUGUUGUAGUGGAACCUUUGGUAGGAAAAAAUUUUAUAUGCUGAACUGGUAGUAGGAGUUUUGUGUUAAGUGCUUGUCCUGCAAGAUUUAGUAUGCUAUACAGUAUCAGCCAUUGCCAAGCAUUUACCUUUUCUUUUGUAGCUUUUAGGCCGCUCUACCUGUUCUCUGGACACACUGCGUUUCAAUCGACUCCUCUAUCAUCUCUAAUGUAGAUACUUGGCCAAAAACCGCUUUUCCAAGACUUCUUCAAUACCCUUUGACUUUGAGUGAGCACUGAUUUCUGGUGCAACAGCUUCAGCAGCCUCAACCACUCUCAGUAGUGCAAACCCAGUUUUAGGGCAUCUUUUCCUCAUAAAAGAGUUUAAUAACUCAGAAACUGAUGUUCAGCACAGAACCUUGAGACAAGGAUAGUAUAUAGAGAGGGCACACAAACACCAACGUAUAACAAAAUGUUUAUGCUGUUAUGUCUAUCUUUCUAUGUGCUUGUCUCAAAGCUUUUGUGCCAAACAUUGCCUUCUAUGCCAUGCCAACUAGGCUGCGUGCAACUCAAACACUUGAGUCGCUCCUUCACAUUCUUGAUUAAUUGUACUGGUAACUCCACUUAGAAAUACUGUUGUAGAAUAAAUUCUUUAGCUGUGUUCCUGCUGAACAUAAAAAAUUGCGAAGUGGAGUCUUGUUCCACUGUUCACUUUUAAUAAAUGCUCUUAAUAAGCAUCAUGACUCUUGCACACCUCGUAAAGGUGUCGUGUCUAUGCUCAGCAUGUGCCGAGUAUGAGCAUGGUGGGCUUUAAGUUAGAGCUCAUUGUACUUUUAUGGCAUUAGGCACAUUAUCAUUAAUAAUGACAUCUAACGUGUCAACCUUCCGACCACGAUCGACGCUAGCUCUGUUCUGCCUCCUACACGCUCUUUAUUUUCUUGGCGUUCUUCAUUGCUAAUACAUAAACAUCUGGUCUGAUACAUAGUUCACAAAACCUUCCACUGUAGUAGCCGAUACCACGAAGAUGAAAUUUUACACCUGUUGUAAAAGUAUGUUUCCAAGGCAUGGGCAUUACUUGUAAGGUGUGCACAUGUUGGUGAAUCCAAAUUUCUCACAUCAUAAGGUGAACAGGGGUCAUAAUACGACAUGUGCAGGUAGUUCAUAAUUACAGAAUUCAAACUAUUAACUUUUAGAACAUAUAUUAGGCUUUCUUCUUCAUUUUAGAGUGCAGCUCUUAGGAGCCUGUUCCUGCAUCAAGUGUUGGCGUCCUCAGCGUAACCAAGCGAACAAGCACAGUGAAAGAUGAAAAAGUGAACGCAGAGAACAGCGGGGAAUGAAAGACGGCUAUAGCGAAGAGAGUGCGAGAAGGAAAGUGGAGGAGGAGAGUGUGGCGAAGCGUGAGAACAGUGGUAGUACCACGCAAGAUGUGUUCUGCGGUGACGAUCGCUACGAGAUGGUGCCAGAAUAGCUUGCAUCGUCUGUUCACCGAUGACGCCAUUGAUAAGGCAUGCGGCGAGUGUGUCCAUCGAUACCAUAUAUGGAAACAAAGCGCUGCAUGAGCGAAGGUCUGUCUUCAGUGGCGACUGCGAAUUGUGCCCAUGCGUCGCUCACGCACUACCUUGCACGAUCUCCCGAUUAGCGAGGCGCUCCAUUGGCAAUGUGCCACACAAGACAGAUUGUCCACGCCAGCCAAUGUAUCAUGAAAUGAAAACACGCAUAAGCUGCGCUUAAAUUUCACUUAGGAAGUAGUGUAACCAUCAGUGAAUUUUUUCACAAAGCUAUCGAUGCAUGUGCAGUUAUUUGCAGCAAAGAGAAAAUGUUGAUUUGGUUCCAGUGAUGCCAUCAGUUGUAGCUCUCCUGAACUGUAAUAUAAGGUCAGCACUUUUGCUUUGUUUUUAACGAACAUGAGUCCUACUGUCAAGUGAAAACAAAAGCUUGGACGCUUAAUCUUUACAAUAAGAAAAUCUUAUGGUGCAAAGCUAGUACAGACAGUCCAUAGUCGCUCUCCCAUAACAGAAAGUUUUUCGGCAAGCUGCCACAUGUACUAGUUAAGUCUGGUGAGUUGUUUUUUAUGUGCAGGCAACGUCUGAUUUUUUGGGCACCAUAGGAGCCGUGAAAACGUCAGAAAAAUUAAUGCAGGCCUUUUACUGCCUGCAAGGGCUCAGAUUGCCACAAGCACGUUUUAAAUAGCUAUGAUGACCUGCCUAUACAACUGUUAGGCGUAUCGGUGCUUAUAGUGUGACAGGAGACGGUGGGUGCAUGUAUACUUUAGGAAUACAUAUGUCUCGAGUCAGUGGCACCUUUCUACCCUUGGUAUGCUUCACUGCAAUACAUUGCAUAUGUUUCACCAUGUAACAUUGAAGUAGUGCGGCGAAGCUGACUUUUGGGAGACAGCUUUAUUCAAAGCUUAACAAUUGCCGUGAUUUCUGCACUUUGAAGCUAGUGGAGAGUAUUUCAAAGGCAGAGUUGCAGACAGCAGUGACUUCUGUCACUGAAAAACACGACACCAAACUGCAGGAAGCUUGGUAGCAAACGUCGAAGCAGCUCGGCCUAGCAUUGCUGUUGUGCUGACAACGGAUCAGUGUGGGAGAGUGCUGGUUUAAGGCUGCGAGCUAAUCAAACUGCCAGCUUCCAUGCUAUGCAUAUAUAUAUACCUAUAUACUUUUACCACAUGACCGACUUCCCACAUUUCACGAACAUUUUUUUUCCACUUUGACACUUUAAUAUUUUCAUCACUUUCUUUGUGCACAUGGUGAAGUUGCAUUUACGUCAUAGUUAGGUUUCGAAAAAAAAAUGGCCAUACAGGUAGGUGCGUGAUUGACGCAUGAAAUUGCUCACAAAAUGAAUAGAAGUGAGCAUUUCACAAUAUUUCUGGAACUAAAGUGUUGUACACCAUUGUGGCAGGGUGAGUUGUCGAAAUUGAGCCAUUUUCUAAUGUGCAAGCAUAUAUAACGUUAGGAAUUCUUUGCUUAGCAGUAGAGUAAAUAAGCAGAAACAAAACAGCUAUGGUGUCUUGUGCAUUGAGCUUUACUCUUAGGGAUGAAAUUUUUGUUUUAUGAGCAGAAAAGUUGGAAUGCUGUGUAACUGAUUAUUUUAAAGAUCACCUGCCUUUCUAAGAAAAAUGUGCACACCUUGCCAAUUUCUUUUGGAAAUGUGGUAGGCAAAUGGCAGGAUGAGCGUCUCUCACUCCGUCAAAAUUUGGAAACUGUUUAUUUCUGAGUUUUUAAGUUUUCUUACUAUUUGGCAAAAUACCAUGCUGAUUUUAGCUGUGAGUAUUUCAAUCUUGGGAUGUUGUAAUUUAUUUAUGCAUGGCUUGGCCAGAGAAAUUUUGACCGGUGGUUUUAUACCACAUCCAUAAUCUAUUCCAUGAUUACUUGACUAUUUGUAGGAUAAGUUACUUGCCCAAUUAACUGAAUUCCGGUCCCUGGUAAGUGGUUCUAGUCAAUUUAGAUGACAACAGCAGUUUUCACAUAAUUUGAUUUCACAUAUGUUUCUGUUUGGCACUUUACAUAGCAUUCUUACCAUGAUACCUAAUAUGCAUUUUGUGUGGUUGCAUCAGUACACUGUCGAGUCUGUGUGUAACUGAAAGCUGCACAUUUCCUCAGGCAUUUAAGAUGAAACUUUUUUGGCAUCUUCAACUGGUUCCUUCAGGCUGCACUUGCAAAACUACAAAUGUUUUGUGAAGCAGAAACCAAGCUUUAUUACUAAAUUGAGUUUGUUCUGAUAUGUGUAAGAAAGCCUGAUAAUUAGCAAUAUUUGAAUCAAAUGAAAACAUUCGAAAAAAAAAGAAGGAAACCUUUGAAUAUUUGAUCGAAUACGAAAUAUUUCCUUAUUUUUAAAUGAAGUGAAGUGUAAAAGGUUGCAUGGAGUUGGUUUAGUUGAAAAUAAAGAAAAGAGAGACGGGCUUAUACUUGAUACAUGUAAUGCAGUUUACAAAUGGACUUCUAAAUGACCGAGGAACUUGUAAAUCAGAAUCAACUGAAAGAUGAUUGCACCUUGUGCACCAUGAUGAUGACUAAUGAAACACAGGAACUAAGCACAUCAGCAGAUGGUGACGGUACAAGGUGUAAUAGAGCAUAGCACAUCAUUUUAAAAAACAUGAGAACAUGGUGAGACUGUUCAAGUAUAAUAAAUUGCUUUACCUA